AUGGAUUCCAUAAAAGGAGAAGUGAUGAAGUUCAAGAAUGUCCACAAACGUAUCAAAGAUGCGCCAGCAACAACUUAUUUAUCCUCCUUCUCGUCUGGGCGUGUCUUGGAUGAGGAAAAUACACUUGUUGGGAUGGACGAUGUCUUCAACAACAUAAGAGAUCAGCUCUUUGGACAAACACCAGCGUUGAAUGUUGUCUCAGUUGUUGGUAUGGGCGGCAUUGGUAAGUCGACACUUGCUAGAAGUUUAUUUAAUCAUCCAUCAGUGUCCCGACGUUUUGAUAUUUCUUCAUGGGUUACUGUUUCUCAAUCAUACGAUGCAAAGGAAAUGCUAUUGGAUGUCCUAAGCUUCGGUACUCCAGAUGGGAAGGCAAUGUACCGCAAUACGAGCGAAGAUGAAUUAUUGGACCAAGUGCGUAGAAAAUUGAAAAGGAAGAGGUAUUUGAUACUUUUGGACGAUAUAUGGACUAUAGAGGCUUGGGACCAGGUAAGAAGAUCAUUUCCCGAUGAUGAAAAUGGAAGUCGCAUAAUGAUAACUACUAGGCUCCUCGAAGUAGCUAACUGUGCUGGCAAUGAUUUUCCUCCUCAUCACAUGCCUUUUCUCAGUCUUGAAGAUAGUUGGAAAUUACUAUCUCUUAAGGUUUUUGGAAAUGAAGAUUGUCCUCCUCAGCUUGAGGAAGUAGGAAAGCAGAUAGCGAAACAAUGUCAAGGACUAGCUCUCUCAGUUGUUGUCAUCGCUGGGCUUCCGUCGAAGAUCAAUAGGACAUAUGAUGAUUGGCAACAAAUUGCUGAUAAUUUGAAUUCCCACAUAGGUUCAACCUCCCAGCAGUGUUUAGCAAUAUUAGCUCUGAGUUACAACUACUUGCCUUGUAGCUUGAAAGCUUGCUUUCUUUAUAUGGGAGUUUUCCUUGAAGAUGCAAAAAUUCCUACAGAUACGUUGAUUAGAAUUUGGGUGGCUGAGGGUUUUCUGAAGACAAUUUGCCAUAAAAAGCCAGAAGAGGUAGCAGAAGAGUGUCUAGAGGAUCUA